UUGCCACUUUACCGUAUUGUAGAAUCCGAGGAAUUGAGUGGGUCGCAGUUGCCGCUUGGUAGCAUUGAUAAGAUAGCUAGCAUUAGCCGGCUGCUGCUGCUGUCUCAGUGUUUUGUGACCUUUCAGCGAUGGACAGCAGCGACAACACACAGGGAUGGAGUAUUUAAAGCGGGUUUUAGCGGUAUGUUUGGGGGCAGCGCUCCUGAAUACUCCAACAAAGAGCUCGCUGGAGUUCCCUUGACAGGAAUGAGCCCUCUAUCGCCGUAUCUCAAUGUUGACCCACGUUACCUGGUUCAGGACACGGAUGAAUUCAUUCUACCCACAGGAGCGAAUAAGACAAGAGGAAGGUUUGAACUGGCUUUCUUCACCAUUGGAGGCUCCUGUAUGACAGGUAAGGACCAGUUGUGGUGUUGUUGGUCUGGACCCUGUUGUGCAGACAGAUGACACAUUAAAGGAAAA